AUGGUAAUUGUAAUUGCUCAAGGCUUACAAGAUGUCUGCCAACAAUUAAAACAUCAAGAUUAUUCCAUACAAACUAAAGGUUUAAUUAACAAUUUAAUUAAUGGAAUGAAAGACAGUCAAAAUUGGGGAAGCCUUCAAAAAAGUAUGACACUUUCUAGGUGUACUUUUCUUGAUCCGCGAUUAAAAAACAUUCCAUUUAUUCACAACGAAUCUAUGAAAACUUCUAUCCAAAAUAAUGUAGUGGAGCUUACAGCAAAUAUUAUUUCUUUGGCUAGAUCAGAAACAGAAUGUACAUUAGAACCUGAACCGUCUACUUCCUUCCAGUCACCUGCAACAGUAUCUGAUGAAAAAUCGUUUUCAAUUUCGGAAACAAUUGAUAAAAGAGUUUCCGAAGUCCAGCCUGCCAUAAGAACAUCAACCGCACGGGCUCUAGUUAAGGUUCAACGAUAUCUUGAAGAGCCGAUCUUAAAAAGAAAUGGCAACCCAUUAGAAUGGUGGCAAGAGCAUAAAUAUAAUUAUCUUUACCUAAGUAUAUUGGCUAGGAAGACAUUGUGUUGCUUAGGAUCAUCCGUACCUUGUGAGCGGGUUUUUUCAAAGGCAGGUUUGAUCAUAACCGAUCGUCCUUGUCGAUUAAAAUCAAAAAAAGCUGAAAUGCUAUUGUUUUUGAAUCAAAAUUCUUGA